GGCUUUUAACAGCCCCUUUUAACAUCAACAACCAGACAGAUUCCACAUCACAACCGCAGGAAGCUGAAGGAGGAUGUCAGUGGUCCUAUAAACCCCAACAACAGCUCAGAUUGGCGUGGUGAUUUUGCAAGCUCAUCACAAUCAUGUGUAGUGUUGACCCUGAUGAAAUAACUGAAAUGGUGCAUGCUACAGGAGCACUAGACAUUAGCAGAGGAGAUGUCUUGUGUCGUAAGUGUGGAGAGUCGGCGGCAGAGGUUGUGUUGAGAGUCAAGGAUGCAUACUGCAGGCUGUGCUUUUUAUCGUACUUUGUACACAAGUUUCGUUCCACUAUUGGCAAGUCAAAACAAAUCCAUGCAGGUGACCGUGUUCUUGUGGCAACAUCAGGAGGAGCAUCUUCAACAGCUCUUCUUCACAUGAUACGAGAAGGCCUCAAUGAAAAUUCUCAUAAAAAGCUACGCUUUGAUCCUGCUUUUCUCUAUAUUGAUGAGAGUUGCAUUAGUGAAAAUCCCAGUAUUGGACCAGAUUAUGUACAGAAGAUUUGUAAUACAGUCAUCUCUAUGGGUUUCCAGUGUUAUGUUACAUCACUACAAGAAGUCAUGUUACCAAGUGCAUGCUCACCUGUCCUGUUUACAAAGGAAUGGAGUGCAGCAAAUCUUGCAAUAAACUCAAGUUUAACGGAGAAAAUUUGUGAGCUACUUGCUUCAUGUAAGAGUAUAUCAGCCCAACAUGACCUGCAUGAACAACUGCGACAUGAGCUUAUUAUGCAGUGUGCUCAUGAUUUAAGCUACAAAAAAGUAUUUUUAGCACAUAAUUCAACUAAGUUAUCCAUCUCAAUCUUGUCACUGGUUGCAGUUGGAAGGGGCUCGCAACUUCCAAGGAAAGUGCAUUUUAGGUCUCUUCACCACGACGUAGAAGUUUUUCGGCCCAUGAGAGAAAUACUCGAGCCUGAAGUUCAACACUAUAUCCGUUUCCAUAACUUGACUGAGCUGCAGGCACCAACACUGAAAUCUAAGGGCCCUAGCAUUGUAUCAUGCACAGAAGAGUUUGUGCUGGGUCUACAAAAGGAGUUUCCUGCUACAGUUCCAACAAUUUUCCGUACAGGAGACAAAUUAGUAUCAACCUCUUCAGAUUGCAGCAAGUGCUCUACUCCCAGUUUGAAUGGUGAUGAUGGCUGUGAGUCUGAGAUGGAUUUGAGCAACGCUUCCUGUGCUUUGUGCUGUUCUCCACUAGACACAGGACAAAGUGAGGCAUCAGCAUUCUAUGCCACUGUAGUUUCUGAAAAGUUGUCUGCUAGCACCUCAGUGACUCAUGCCUUUCAAGAAACUGUAACACACAGAAACAUGCAUAUCAAUGAUGAGAAAUGCUCACCAAUGCUGCUUGGAAAUUUAAAUAAAUGCUGUGAAGCAGAUCUUUCUCACAUUGCUACUGAGACAUUAAAAUGCAGUCAGAACCCUGAAUGCUGUGUUGGUGGAAAACUUCAGGAAAUUACCAAAGAAGUGAUGGAACAAUAUCUCUGUUAUGGAUGUCGCAUCAUACUGAGGGAAAUGG